AUGCAUCAUGCAAUAACAUGUAGUGGAAUGCUGCCUGUUCACUACACAAGGUUUGCUGAUACAGCAAAUAUUGGUAGUAUAACAAAACCAAAGAGACGAAACAUAUCAAAGGUCUUCAAUCAAAGUGUCAAUGAGGCAUAUGAAUCAUCAAUUGAUGAAGCUUUACUUGAGGAAAUCGCCUGGUAUGAAGACCUCGAUGGCAUUGACAUCAUGACUGACGCUCGCAUGGUUGGAGAAAAAAAUGCCAAAGACAGCAGCAUCGUUGCGCUUGUAUAUUUCAAACGUAUUAAUUCUUAUUUAGUCCGUGAUAUUGUGAUCUGCAUCAACAGACGCUUCAUCAAAUUAGAAGAAAAUUUGUUACACACGAGACAUUUUGUAAUCAAGAAGGAUGUUUUUGUCACACCAAGCAGAGAAAGCCAAGUUGAACUACGCCAGCAAAUUGACAGCUUAGCUGGAGAUUUGCAGGUAAUAUCCAGUAGCCAGGCUACAUCGGUGGACUUGGAAUCAUAUGUAAAAAAGUUGAACAAUUCAAGAAGGCGUGUUAUGUUAGUCAAUAAUAUUUUACAAAAUGUUCAGGAGAGAUUGACCAAAUUAUAUAACAAUGUUUCACGUGAGACUGCUAGACGGAAAGUAUUACUAGAUCCACCAGGGGCAGGCAGCCCAAAAUAAGCCU